CUUCUUACGAGCAACCCUCACACAUGCAUCUGUAGAUGAAGCCAGCAGAGAUCGGGUAUAGAAGCAGCACAACGAGCAGAUAAAACCUCAGCUCUUCGACUCCAGCUUGUUUCAGUCUCGUUUCAGCUCACGGCUUCUUUCUCUGUGUUGCAAGCCGAGUGAUCUUGAGCAGCAAAGAUGAAAGUGAUCAGAUGGGGAAUCGUCGGUUGCGGCCUCAUCAGCGGCGACUUUGUGAAAGCUCUGAAGACUGUGCUGGACGAAGGCCAUGAGAUCUCCGCGGUUGCUGCACGUGACACAGACAGGGCUCGAGAAUUUGCAGAUUUGCACGGAAUUGCCAAGUCUUUCGGCAGUUACGAGGAACUUGCUGCUGACGCGGAAAUCGAUGUCGUUUACAUCGGCACAGUGGCGAGUUGUCAUUACGCACAGUGCAAGCUGUUCAUGAGCCAGGGGAAGCAUGUUUUGUGCGAAAAGCCCAUGGGCAUGAACGCGGAUCAAGUUCGAGCCCUGGUCAAAUAUGCAGCGACGAAAAAGGUCUUUUUGAUGGAGGCAAUGUGGGCCAGGUUCAACCCAGUUUACCUGGAACUGCAGCAACAAAUUGCAGAGGGCGUCAUCGGAGACGUGGUUCACGUGUCAUCCACGUUUGGGUUCGACCUGUCCUCAGUCGAGUCUGUCUCGACGAGACGAGCAGGAGGUGGAUCUUUGAUUCACGGAGGCAUUUACAACGUGCACUUGGCCCUGACUGCAUUUGGAUCCCGUUUCCCGGAAAAGAUCCUGUCAACUGGAAACCUGAAUUCUGAAGGAAUGGACACAGACGACUGCACAAUCUUGGGUUUCCCGGGUGGGAAAACUGCGAGUUGGGCCACCAACUGCAGUGUGGAGUUGCCCAAUGAAGCCUUCGUUGUCGGCACAAAGGGGAUCAUCAAGAUUGAAGCACCCUUCUGCAGCACCACGAAGCUGGUGUCCCCCAAAGGAGAAUUCAUCACUCGAGUGCCUGAAGAACUCGAAUUUGUCCUUCCCAACAGUUACAUUCUCAGAUACGAAGCCAUUCAUGUUGGAGAUUGUAUCAGACAAGGCAAAUUGGAAUCUGAAAGAAUGUCGUGGAAAGAUUCCGUGGUGAUGCAUGAAAUCAUGGACACGAUUCGGCGCGAAAUCGGCGUCAAUUUCGACCAAGAACAUCGACUAGUUGCUGCAGCUGCUCGUGACGCCGGCAGAGCAAAAGAAUUUGCAGAGAAAUUCGGGUUUGCCAAGUCCUACGGGUCCUACGAAGAAAUGGCUCAAGACCCUGAAAUCGAGGUCGUGUACAUUGGCACGUUGUGCAGAGACCACGUGGCACACAGCAAACUUUUCAUGGACCACGGGAAAAACGUGUUGUGCGAGAAACCACUGUCAGUGAAUGUGGAAGAAGUCAGGGCAUUGACCGAAUACGCCAAAGAAAAGAACCUUUUCCUCAUGGAGUUUCAUAUGUUCGGUCGACAGGCAAUGUGGGCGAGGAUCAACCCUGUCUACAUUAAGAUGAGGGAAGAAAUCGACAAGGGAACGAUUGGAGAAGUUCUACAUGUCAAUAACUUAUUCGGCUAUGAUCAGAAGUUCAGGGAUUGGAUGUACAGGAAGGACCAAAAUGGCGGCGGGUUGCUGGACAUGGGAGUGUACAACGCCCACUUGGCAACCAUGGUGUUUUGGCGCGAGAGGCCCGUCGACAUCGUGACCACUGGGUUCCUCAAUGACGACGGUGUCGACACGUCGACGACGACGACUCUGGUCUACUCCGGUGGUCGCACGGCUGUCUCUGUCACUUCCAUCGACGUGUUCCUGCCGAAUCAAGCAGUCAUCGUUGGCACCAAGGGUUCCAUGAUUUUGAGGAGUCCGUUCUGGACGAGUCCGGAACUGGUGACGCCGACAGAAACUUUCAAGUUCCCAGAACCCGGCUUGGCCACGAACUUCCCGCGGAGCUACUUUCUGAGAAACGAGGCCAUCGAGGUCAGGAAGUGCUUGAAGGCAGGACUCAAGCAGAGCCCGAGGAUGACCUGGGAAGAUUCCAUUUUGAUGCACGACAUUCUCACCCAGGUCCGGCGAAAGAACGGGGUCAUUUACGAGCAAGACCUCAAGUACCAAUGAAGGUUGCAUCAUCACUUGAAGAAUAAAGCGAAUGAGCAAGGGUUGUUUUUUUUCUUCUUCUUCUUCUUGGGUCCCAGUUCAAAUGGUAGCCUUUUCUUCCGAUGAGGAAUCCGGUUCGACAAAAAAAUAUGCUAUACAAUCGUCUGCCCUCAUCAUGUUUCGGAUAAUACUGUACUCUCGCCCGCGACCAGCAGA